AUGCGCAAGAACCAGAAUGAGGAUACGAACGUCACUCUUAAGGCGCCACGCGCUCGUGUCUUGUCUACAAGACUCCACUCAUUCACAAGUUCUGAGUCGAGUUCUCCUCGUUCACUUACGGACCCUCUCGUGCACGACUUAGACUGGAGAUCGAGGAGAUAUCUAGACUAUUUUGCAAGUGAUGUCUGCAAAGACUUCGUUCUCUAUGACACCCCAAAACAUAACCCAUUCCGCCAGCUGAUUCCAAUGGCGCACCACCAGCCCAUGCUACUGCAGGCCAUCGUCGCUACUUCGGCUUUGCAUAUGUCAAACGCCUCUCUACUGCUACCAAGCGCCUCAAGCAUCUUCACAACGCCGGCAUCGACUGAGAACAGCUCAGAGUUGGUGGGCUCUCUAUCCAUUGGCCAUACGACAUCAUACCCAGACGCCUUCCAUGAUGCACUCAAGGCCAAGCAGCAGGCGCUUUGGCUGCUUAGCUCCGCUAUCAGAAACGUAGCUUCAGCGAAUGUAGAUGCGAUCCUGGCGGCGGUGCUCCUACUCGUCGGAUUCGAGCUCAUUGACUCUGGGCCUGGGCGAGGUAGUUGGAAAUAUCACAUCAAUGGUGCAAGAAUGAUCACUCAGAAGCUUAUAGCAUCUGGUCCAGCGAAGGGGACCUCUUUCAGCCCUCUUCGCAAUCCCUUGACCAAUCCAGGAACGCACGAUGCCCUUCAGCUCUUACACGCUGCCAAGUCAUUCGACCCAGCUGCCUGGGCCACCAAUUUACAGCCACGAUCGCCCGCCGAUGACCUCCUCCAUCGGACUAUGGUUGCAUGCGCACAUCGGACAGCUGUUUGCGUCUACAUUUCACGGAUUAUUCUUGCUAUAUGGCCUAGUACGAUGUUGUCAGAUGAUCUACAGAUCCUUGCAGCCGAGAUCAUCACCCACCUUUCACAUCUGCACCCUGGAGAUGCGCUAUUCACAGCUACAGCGUGGCCUGCAUUCAUCGCUGGUCUGGAAACGUGUGACACCAUGGAUCGCGCCUGGGUACAGAGAAGAUUCCAGGAGCUCUGGAAAGUCGAGCCUUGGGGGUUUACCAGAGAGGCACUCGGAGCAUUGCGGACAUUAUGGGCCGGGAGGAAGAAAGAGGCUUUCUUAACGAGCUCUGAUGACGAAUUCUUCAAAGGUGAAGAGAACUGGAAUUGGAUCAAAAGGCUAAAGAGCUUGGGCGCCGACUGGUUGAUUGCAUGA